AAGUAAAAGUUUACAAUUGAGAUAUUGAAAACCGCGUGUUGACGGCAGCCAUUUUUAUUACUAAUAAACUAUCAACAGUAUUUUAAUUUCUUGCUUUUAUUUCUAUUUCAGGAUAGUGGGUCUAUCCUCACUCAUUCACUCAAGAUGGGAGCGUAUCGUUACGUACAGGAAUUGUACCGCAAGAAGCAGAGCGAUGUCAUGCGCUAUCUGCUGCGAGUUCGUGUCUGGCAGUACCGCCAGCUGACCAAGUUCCACCGUGCCCCCAGACCGUCCCGACCGGAUAAGGCUCGUCGCCUGGGCUACAAAGCCAAGCAAGGAUUCUCGAUCUUCCGGGUGCGUGUGCGCCGUGGUGGUCGUAAACGCCCAGUUGCCAAAGGUUGUACCUACGGUAAGCCCAAAAGCCAGGGUGUUAACCAGCUGAAGCCCUACCGCUGUCUGCAGUCCGUUGCUGAGGAACGUGUUGGUCGUCGUUUGGGAGGUCUGCGUGUGCUGAACUCCUACUGGGUUGCCCAAGAUGCCGCCUACAAGUACUACGAGGUGAUUAUGGUCGAUACCGCCCAUAACGCUAUCCGUCGUGACGCUAAGGUCAACUGGAUCUGCAAUGCCGUUCACAAGCACCGUGAAUUGCGCGGUCUUACCUCGGCCGGCAAGAGCAGCCGCGGAUUGGGCAAGGGAUACCGGUAUGCCCAAACCAUCGGUGGAUCGCGUCGGGCGUGCUGGCGUCGCCGCAACCGUCUGCACAUGCGUCGUUAUCGUUAAGAUGUUUGAUCAUUUUUUGCUGUGAACAGAUCAAUAUAAGAAUGAUGAAAAUGA